UGGACUUAGAUUGCUACAAAAUUCGUGAAUACAUUGAUUGUGGCUUUCUGAAGACAAUGUAUGUCAAGUCUGAACAUCAACUUGCUGAUGCUUUGACCAAACCUUUGCAUCCUGCACUUUUCCAUAGUCUCAUUGUCAAGAUGGGAAUCUGCAACAUCUUUGCACCUUCAUCUUGAGGAGGGCUAUUGACAUGUAUAUAGUUACAUAUACUUGUAUAUAAUAGCAUUGGUUAAGGACUCUGGAAUUGUUCGGUUUAUUAUCUAAUUAAGGGUUUAACCAUGUGGUUAUUUCUGGUUUAGUGAGCUUGUGUUGUAUAUGAACGUUGUAACAACCUCUUGAAUCAUUAAUGAGAAAUAUGAGUUUUUCCCAAAUUCUCUCUCGAUCAUGUUUCACUAAUAUUUCUCACUCUUGUGUUACUCUAUCUUCUUCAAGAAACCAAAGGACUCGCGAGGCUGUGAUCUUCCUCCAAGCCCUCCUUCUCUUCUAAUCAUUGGUCAUCUUCACCUUCUCCUCUCUACUCUAACCCACAAGUCUCUUCAAAAACUCUUCUCCAAGUAUGGACCUCCUCCAUCUACGGAUCUUUAGUGUCCCCAUCAUUCUCGUCUCUUCAGCCUCAGUGGCCUACGAGAUCUUUAAGCUCCAUGACGUGAACGUCUCCUCUCGCGGUGUUGCUGCAAUCGAUGAGUCCCUCCUGUUUGGAUCUUCUGGCAUCGUCAAUGCUCCUUAUGGAGAUUACUGGAAGUUCAUGAAGAAGCUAAUUGCCACUAAGCUGCUCCGACCACAAUCACUCGAGAGGUCACGAGGUAUCCGUAAUGAAGAGCUAAUGCGGUUUUACAACAGGCUUCUCGAUAAGGCGAGAAUGACCGGCGUUGAGAUCAGUAAGGAAGCAAUGAAGCUUGUGAACAACACCUUGUGCAGGAUGAGUAUGGGAAGAAGUUUUUCAGAGGAAAAUGGUGAGGCAGAGAAAGUCAGGGGAUUGGUGGAUGAAUCUUAUGCAUUGACCAAGAAGAUGUUCCUCGCAGCUUUAUUGCGCAAGCCGAUCAAGAAGUUUGGGAUCUCACUAUUCGAGAAGGAGAUAAUGGGUGUUUCAGACAGAUUCGAUGAGCUGCUAGAGAGAAUUCUUGUGGAACACAACGAGAAACUACACGAGGAGCAUCAAGGUACGGAUAUGAUGGAUGUGUUGUUGGCAGCUUAUGGAGACGAAAACAUAGAGUAUAAGAUCACUAGGAAUCAUAUCAAGUCGUUUUUCGUGGAGCUUUUCGUUGGAGGCACUGAUAGCUCGGUGCAAACAACACAAUGGACAAUGGCGGAGAUCAUUAACAACCGUAACGUUCAUGAGAGAGUAAGAGAAGAAAUUGAUUCCGUUGUAGGGAAAACAAGGUUGAUUCAAGAAACGGAUCUCCCGAACCUCCCUUACUUGCAAGCGGUAGUCAAAGAAGAACUAAGAUUGCAUCCACCGGGACCUCUCUUGGUAAGGACAUUCCAAGAAAGAUGCGAGAUCAAAGGGUUUUACAUACCGGAGAAGACAACACUCGUUAUUAAUGCUUAUGCUGUGAUGAGAGAUCCUGAUUCUUGGGAAGAUCCUGACGAGUUUAAGCCGGAGAGGUUUCUAAGUUCUUCAAGUGGGAAAGAUGAGGAGAAAGAGCAAGCGUUUAAGUACCUUCCUUUUGGCGGCGGUAGGAGAGGAUGUCCUGGAGGUAAUCUAGCUUAUAUAUUUGUAGGAACCGCAAUUGGAGUGAUGGUACAGUACUUUGACUGGAAAAUCAAAGGAGAUAAGGUCAACAUGGAAGAGACUUAUGAAGGAAUGAACCUAAGCAUGGUUCAUCCGCUUAAGUGCACACCAGUUCCUCGAAGCCAACCUUUUUAUUAAUCUUACUUCUAAUCUCCAUAUAUACCAAGUUCUUGACACUCAUAUCGAAAACAUUCAUAAGGCUGCUUUCUUCUGUUCUAUAUAUCUUUAAAGACGUUCGA